UCACCCGCCCACUCCAUCGACGACAUCAUCUCUCUGGGCACCGUUCGGCGCUGUCUCGGCGAUGUGUGUCACAGUAGCCUCGGUGUUUUCUCAUCCUCUUGCUAAACGCACACCAGGCGUUUCACUGCUUAUACAAGCAGCUUGCAGGAAGCCGUCACCGCAUGAUCGGCAGCUUAUGCGUGCUAUGUCACGGGCCCGAGUCCCACCUGCUGACACUUCGCAGUGGAAACAUAUAACGCCUCCGCCGUCGCUGGCCGUAAAUCCACAAUACUACUCUCUGUUUCAAAACUACUACCACCAUCAUGCUGCAGGGCUGGCACAGAGGCGAGCGUUCUAUCCAACAGAAGCUGGGUUUUGCAGGCCCAAUGUCCAUGGCGUACACCUGGAUUGAUGGCGAGAUGGACGAACAGCACCGUGAGUUCCAUACUACACGGCUGCCCUUCAUUCCUGUUACCACCCUCGACAACCAACACCGUCCCUGGACGUCUAUUUUCGCCGGCAGCACGGGCGAGCCGGGCUUCGUCUCCAGUCCCUCAUGGAAUCGCCUCGACAUGGAGAUCAAAGUAUGGGAGGGAGAUCCCUUCUGGGAGAACCACGAACAUUUUGACGGCGAGAAAAUGCUCGCGGCAGGUAUUGGUAUCGAACUUUCCACUCGCCGAAGGAACAAGUUUGCUGGACACAUCUUCGCAAUGCGUCAGAAGAAGGAUCAGUUCCGAUUGAAGCUCAUAGUCAACCAGGCCAUAGGGAACUGCCCGAAAUAUAUCAACCUUCGUCAACUUGAGCCCCACCGUAAUACGUCACCUGUCGUUGUCCACAAGCGGCCCAACCUCGAAGAUAAUGAACGUUUACCGGACGAGCUUGUCGAUUUCGUGCGCGAGGCGGACACCAUCUUCAUUGGCACCUCGUAUCGUGCAAAGCCUGAGGAAGCAAUUAGGUUCCCCUCACAUGUCGGUCAGAAUCAGCGGGGCGGAAAAAAGGGCUGGGUACGUGUGAGGUCAGAUGGCAAGACGCUGGUGAUUCCGGACUAUUCAGGGAAUCGUUUAAUGACUUCGCUGGGCAACAUCGAGGCUACACCUGUGGCUGGCGUCACCAUCGUGGACUUUGUCACAGGAGACGUCCUCUAUCUCACUGGUGACGCGCGUACAGCUGUUGGGCACGAAGCGCAAGCCAUUAUGCCACGCCAACGGGUGGUAACCCUUCUCGAAGUGACCGGGUACUCGUUUGUUCGCGACGCCCUUCCCGUCCGUCAGCGACCUGGCACGUCAGCGACCCCCAGUCCGUACAGUCCACCGGUACGUUUGCUAGCGGAGGAAACUGCAGCCGGAACAUCGAAGUAUUUCGACGAAGAGACAUCGGUCACCUUGGCUAGUGUGCGGCUCCUCAGUGAGGAUCUUGCCACAUUUACCUGGGAGUCGUCCAAACCUAUCUCCAUACAACCUGGCCAGACGGCGAUCCUCGACUUCUCUGACAUGGUCGGCACGGUCAAGUACCAGCACAUGGCUCCUUGGAAACCCACCAGCGUCAACGACGACCGUAUCCGAACCUGGACUGUUUCUAGCGCACAUCUCGCAACAGAAGGCACGAAGAAGUUUGACCUUACCAUGCGCGAGAAGGAGGGUGGCGCCGUCACGGGUGCCUUGUUCACCAUUGCGCGCAAGCUCACCGAGCUGCGCCCUGAGUUGCUCGAUGACACACGCCCCCUCGGACUGCAGGUCAAGCUGGUCGGCAUCGCGGGCAGCUUCAUGCUCUCCCUCCCUUCCUCGCCGUCCGCGUCACAGGAGCCGCCUGCGACGUCGAUGCUCUGGCUCGCGGGCGGUAUCGGACUCACGCCGUUCAUGAGCAUGCUCUCCGCCAUCGCGAAAGCGCCUCCGUCCGACACGCGUUGGGACGUCGUCCUCGCACUCUCGACGCGUGAGCCCCAGGUGCUCGUCCCUCUCAUUGCGCAGGCACUCGGCAAGGGCACGCCGAAGCUCCGUCUCGUCAUCCACGUCUUCUCGCAGAGGCGUAUCCCAUCCUUCCCGCAGCUCCCGCCCACGGACGAGCUCGAGGUCACGUUCAAAGCGCACCGCGGCAGGAUUGACGCGAGCCUGUUCGACGGCGUGCAGGAUCUAUCUUCCCGCAAGGCAUAUAUGUGCGGCCCUGAAGAGUUCGAGAAAUCGAUGCUGAAGGAGUUGGGCGAGCGCGGCAUGAAGAACGAUGCAAUUAUCAGGGAAUCUUUCGAGUAUUAGGCGCUGUGCGUAAUGCUUCGUAUUGCUCAUCUUUUGGGCCUGCAUAGUCUUCGAAAAUCUUGACACGAAGUUGAGAAGGACAUUACAUAGUUUACAUGGACUUUGGAUUGCCGGCAAUGGAUUCAGUAUUUCAUGGGAUAUAAAGCUUUAAAUGGAGAUACCCUACAACCGACAG